AUGGCGCGGGGCGGGAGCCGGCCGACACGCGUAGCUUGGAGCCACCGAAGAGCGCCCGACUGCAACGCUACGUCAGUUGAAAUCCGAGCGACGCACGGGCCGACCGCCUCGCGCCGUCACGCGACUCCGGCCGCACGCGGACCUACCCUCGCACGUUCGAUAUCCCGCCAAAUCUUAGGGUCGCCGGUCCCGCGCGUUUUUUCUCUCGGCAAAGUUUAUCGACCCCUAACUACCCCAUAUCGACCCUCACUUUCGCUCCCCACUGUGCUCCCCUAA